AUGACACAGCAACAUGAUCGCAAUACGACGGCCGGGAAUCGAGGGAUGGGGUUUCCGACCACCGAAUACGACAAUAAUGGCUGGAAGUUAUACAUCACCUCGCUGGUUAUGAUCAUCAGCGCCGGUGUCUUUGUCAUUAUGCGAUGCUCGACACGACUUUGGUUCGCCAAGUUUGGUUGGGAUGAUGUCGCUAUCGUGGCUUCAUUAGUCUUCUCAAUAGUGGUAUCCGUCGCCAUGCAACUGGCGAUAUCACAUGGAUAUGGAAUGCACAAGGCGGACUUGUCCAAGGACGAGCUGCACAUGGCUUUGAAGCUAUUCUUCAUAGCUCAAACACCAUACAAAGUCACCGUCUGUUUGAACAAAGUGGCGACCAUUUUGCUCUAUCUGCGACUUUUUUCUUCCCCGCGUUUUCGAGUUGUGGCCUUGACGAUCAUGGGCCUCAUCGUGGCAGCGAGCAUAGGAUCGAUAUGCGCUACCAUCUUCCAAUGCAUCCCGGUCGCUGGCGCUUGGAAUCACUCCAUAAAAUCCAGAUGUAUCAACUCUAGUCAGUUCUGGGUUGCAUAUGCGGUCAUGAACAUUCUGACGGAUGUCAUGGUUCUCGUUCUGCCGAUUCCGAUGAUACAGAAGCUUACGCUCGGGAAACGCGACAAGACUAUGUUAUACGGUCUAUUUCUUUUGGGGGGUUUUGUAACAAUUACGUCGAUUCUACGAACUACGUCUGUUCAAAACUCGCUCCGGAAUAGGACGGACAUUACGUUCAAUUUCAUCUCGCGCGGCAUCUGGACGCUUAUCGAGGCAAACCUGGGCAUCAUCUUACCAUGUCUAGUAGUUCUAAAGCAGCCACUUGGAAUUUUGUUUCCGCGCUUCUUUGGACCCGCAAAGACACACGAGGCAUUCAGGCGGCCAGGUGGUGAUGUUGAGAAAGGAUACACAUUGUCGGAUCUAUCCACAGGUCAGACUGGUGGCCUCUGGCAAGGCUCAAACUUGGCGCAGCAGAGCGUAUUCAUCAGCGGGCCGGGGACACAGGCCGGGCGACACAGUGACGAGCGGCACAUAUUCUUUGAUGUGUCCAAAGACAGCGACAGUGAGCUAGAUGGCAAGACGCCCGUGGCGACGCGGGGCAUAUCCAAAAAGGUGGAAGUGACGCGGACCUCGGUUCAUCAAGAUCAUGACUACUAUCAUGCAGGAGGAUUCUCGGGUCAUUUAGAGAGCUCAGCGUCCUCAUCAGGCCAGAGAUGA